AUGGGGCAGCCCCCAAAAAGUCGUUACCAGUCGAGACGUGGUGAUUUACGCAAAGCGUUUACCAAAGUACACCGACUGUCUAGCUCAACGGCUGAGAUUGGCUUCUUUCUUCUUCUAGCUUAUAAACCUAUUUUACACAACCAGAUUGACCAGAGCUCCCUCCUCUUCUCCUUUCUUUUGUGCGUCCCACCAGGGUUCUAUUCCUCCAAGAUUGAAAUGGACCCACGUUUCCGUGGAAUUUCAAGUUCUUCUAAAGGAAUUCCAUUGGGAAAUCAAUCCAUGAUUGAGUUUUCCAAUGGGAAACUAGUGAAUGGAUCAAAAUUUGAGAUGCAUUAUCCAGAUCAGAGAUUAGUGGAUGAACAAAGAUUUCUCAAUAACUUCCAAGAACACGAUUUUGAAGGUGUUCAAUUGCUUCCAAAUGAGCCCUUUUUGAAUAAUACAGCCACUAGUUCUUUUGUGGGUAUUGAGGAUGAUUAUCAAGAAGAUUGUGAUUUAUCGGAUGCGAUUUUGAGAUAUAUAAAUCAGACCCUAAUGGAAGAAGACAUGGAAGACAAGACACAUAUGCUUCAAGAGUCAUUGGAUCUUCAAGCCAAAGAGAAAUCAUUUUAUGACGUCCUUGGCAAAAAGUAUCCUCCUUCUCCAGAACAAAGCCUACCUUCUAUUGGUCAAUAUGGAGAGAGAAUUGAUUAUUACUCUUCUGGAAUUCACUUGAAUUCCACUAGUAGCAGUAGUGAUGCUAGUGGUUAUCUAAUUGAUUCAGUUGAUCCAAGGCGGAUUAAUGGCUUCUCGGACUCUCCUAUUAGUUCUCUUCAAGUACCUGAUAUAUACAGUGAAAGUCAAUCUUUUUGGAACUUCACGAAGGGGGUUGAAGAAGGGAGUAAGUUCCUUCCAAAUCGUAAUAAAUUGUUAGAUUAUGGGUUGCCAUUUCAGGAACCAAGAGGAGAAUGUGAUAAUGAGGCAACUAAGGUGGAAAAGAAAGAUGAAGCAGAAUGCUCGACAUCUGAAUCGAGGAGAAAGAAAAAUCCUCAUAAACGGGAUACGGAUUUAGAAGAAGAGAGAAUUAGCAAGCAACCAUCUAUCUAUACGGAAUCAAACAUCCCCCAAGAGGAAUUCAGUAUUGUUUUGCUUCAUAGCAUGGGUGAAGGUGAAAAGAAGUUGGCGGCCUACAGAGCAGACCUUCGGAAUGCUACAAGCAAGAGUGUGCAGCAGUCCAGGCAAACAAAAGGAUCAAGGGGUAAGGGGCGAGGAAAGAAGCAGAAUAAAAAGAAGGAAGUGAUAGAUUUGAGAACCCUUUUAAUUAACUGUGCACAAGCUGUGGCUGCUGACGAUCGUCAAAGUGCUAAUGAACUGUUGCAACAAAUUAGGCAGCAUUCUUCUCCAUGUGGUGAUGGAAAUCAGAGACUAUCUUAUUAUUUUGCUGACGGCCUUGAAGCACGUUUGGCUGGCACUGGUAGCCGGAUACAUAAGGCUCUUGUCAGUAAAAGAACAACUGCAGCUGAUUACUUAAAAGCUCAUCACUUAUAUCUUGCCUCAUCUCCAUUUGGGAAGAUUUCUAAUUUUGCCUCGAACAAGACAAUUCAGCUGAAGGCAGUAAAUGCAACAAGAGUUCACGUCAUAGAUUUUGGUAUCCUCUAUGGUUUCCAGUGGCCUACGUUUCUUCAACGUAUUGCAAAAAGGAAAAAUGGUCCUCCAAGAGUUCGGAUUACUGGCAUAGAAUUUCCACAACCUGGAUUCAAACCUGCAGAAAGAAUUGAAGAGACGGGGCGUCGGUUGGCUUAUUAUGCUGAAAAUUUUAACAUUCCAUUUGAGUACAAUGCUAUAGCACAGAGGUGGGAAACCAUCAAAAUGGAGGAUCUUAAGAUUGAAGAUGGUGAAUUUCUCAUUGUCAACUGUCUCUACCGAACCAAGAACUUACUUGAUGAAACAGUUGUGGCAGAGAGUUCAAGAACUCUUGUUCUUAACAUGUUUAGGAACAUAAAUCCAGAUAUUUUCAUUCAUGGAAUUGUCAAUGGGGCGUAUAGUGCUCCAUUCUUUGUCACCCGAUUCCGGGAAGUUAUGUUCCAUUUUUCUGCACUAUUUGAUAUGCUUGAAGUGAAUGUACCACGUGAAAAACCAGAAAGACUAUUAAUUGAGAGAGAUAUCUUUGGGAGGGAAGCAUUGAAUGUCAUAGCUUGUGAGGGCUGGGAGCGUGUUGAACGGCCUGAGACGUAUAAGCAGUGGCAGGUUCGUGUCAUGAAGGCAGGCUUCUCCCAAAUCCCUUUUGAGAGGGAGGUAAUGGCCACGGCAACAUAUAAGGUGAGAUCUGGUUACCACAAAGAUUUUGUAAUCGAUGAAGACGGUCAGUGGCUGUUGUUGGGAUGGAAAGGUCGGACAAUCUAUGCCUUGUCUUGUUGGAAACCAUUUUAA